AUGGACAUGAACCAGCUUCACAUCCUUUGUACACAUAGCAUGAUGGACUAAAUCCAACCCCGACAAUGGUCCUGCUUAUCACCACCUCCCCUAUCCUGGCCGCCUUCGAGGCUCUCCCGGCCUCCUCUCGUCAUGACCUCGACCUCCCCGAUUCCCUGUCCCUCCAGGAUCCCAUCUCCCACGCGCAACUCAUCGCCCUGGCGCGGUAUUUUCGAUCCUCUUCCAACAGCAAUGAGACACACUCAGCCCGGAGUCUGAAUUCCCUUCUCCGCGGAACGAAAGUCUACAUCCCUCCUCCGCCAAAGAAACCCGAACCAACCCCCGAAUACCUCGCCCUAAAAGCGCGUCUUCUCGCCGCCGCCGAAACAGACGCCUACAACCGCAUGAUCACCAGUGCCCCCUCCCUCCUCAACCCCCACAACACCAGCACCGCAAACCCGAUCUUCACCUCCUCGACCCCCACCGUCUCCGCCCUCCACGACCCCCACAACCAUACUGACGAAAAGGACACCUCCUACCCGGACCCUCUCACCCCCUCCCUCGUUCUGAACAUCUUCCUCUCCGUCCUGAUCACCGGCUUUAGCGUGUACUUCGCGCUGCGGAGUUUCCGGACGCCGGAGGUGUUGAUUGAGACCGUUGCGGGGGUGUGGAGGGGAAGGACAGCUGAUAGAGGGGGGAGGGGAGGGGAGGGCGUGUCCGAGGCCGUGAAGGUGCUGUUGUCGUUGGGGGUGGCGGUGGGCGUGGGCGUGGCGGAGGUGGUUAUUUAUGCAAUUUAUUUGGGGAAGGUGGAUGAGGCGAGGAGGGUGGAGAGGAGGGUGAGGGAGAAGAAGGUGGUUGUUGGGAGUGAGGGGGUGGGGGGAGGGAGGACCGUUGGUGGGAAUGGUAUGGAUGGGGAGAAAGAGGAGAUUUGGGGGCGAGGGCCGAAUGGGGGGCUGAGGAGGAGGCUAAGGGAGAGGUGGGAGGAUAAGGAGAAGGAGAUGGAGAAGGAGAGGGAGGAGUGA